AUACAGGAAAUAAAAUCUGUUUAUUCUGACUAAGCUAUGCUGUUAUAUAUAUAACAGGAUAUGGAAUGCUUCUUUCAGUAUACUGCAUUAGCUAUAUGGACUUUACAAUAAACUAACAGACUGCUUCACUGCUUAAAGUCGAGCCAUAGUGAUCGACCGAUACUAUUAUAGCUGCGAGUAAUAUAAUGUUGUUGUUCCUGCUAGUGCUACUGGUACCCUCCUCAAUGGGACAGAACUGUUCAGAGCGAUGCUGUUACUGGUAUAAGCAAGUAUCCCGCAACUAUAGUGACUGCCAUGUGUCAUACAAUGGAACUGCUGUCUUAACAUGUGAAGUAUAUGCUCCACGCGAUAGUAGCAACAAUUCAUUGGCAACAGUAAAAUGGUACAGAAACAACGGAUCUGUGAUCGAGAAUGUCACUGAUAGAUAUGAAAAUUCUAAAACGUCAACUAAAAAUGAAUUUAAUUCGUCUAACACUUCAAUGAAUGGACUCUUUGAAGACAGAUAUCAACUAAUUAUUAAUAACAUAAAUUCCUCAGACAGUGGUGUUUACUGGUGUCAACUUUCAGCUGACGGGUUUUGCUUCAUCCCAUCAGCGUAUGUGAAUAUUACCGUCAAUACAAGCUCUGGUUAUUCAGAAUAUAAUUAUCAGCAAAGUCCAGUUUGCGCAGUAGACAAUUCUUCAUCUUGUCAAGUAAUACCAACCUCUUCAAUAAAUACCGUGUCAUCAACCACACUACCAGUGUCUACUCCGCCAGCAACACCCACUCAACCAGAACUAUGUCGUGGUAAGCUAGAAUUAACAAACUUAGGAUUUGUAGCCUGUCUUGGAGUGACAGUACCAGCUGCGGGAUUCACACUCAUACUGAUGGUCAUUCUGAUCUGCUGUGCUGGAAUCUGUAUAUGCUGGAGAAAGAAAACUAGAAGAAAAGUUGUACAAAGUGUUGCUCAAACUGAAAUGGAUCAUACCUCAGAUAGAUAUAAUGCUCAAGUUGUGCGUCUCAAAAGAAGGAAAGUCCACCAGUACGAAGAUGUGGAAAACCCACGACCCACUGAAGAGCCAGCCAGUGAUCGUAAAAGAGCACUUACAGACUGUGAUAAAAUGGUAGAGCAUGAGUACAAUGAGCUGGAGCAUCAAGCAGAAACCAAUGUCCUCCAAACAACUGACCUAGAAGAAGAUCAGGGUGAACCACACACGUAUGAAAUUAUUUUGGCUGUGGGUCAAGACAAAGACAAAACUGCUGUCAAUACGAAACAGCAACUGCAAAUUGAAAGCUCACAAUAUUAUGAAGAUGUUUGUGAUAAUAAACUGUCAAAACAACCACAAUGUUCUUUCGAUAGCUUUUCCACUAGCCGUUUAUCUCAGAAUCAAUACAAUGUUCUUGAUCAUUCCCUUGUUAGUAAUCCAGGCCAAAAGGCCACCAUUAAAGCUGAGGACUCCAUGGAAGAUCAUCGCUACAGCAGAACACAUGCACACAAGUUGACAUUGAUGGGAAACUCAGUUGAAGAAACAUCUCAAGACAACCAAUAUGAAAAUCUUGGCAGCGUAGUGAAGACAUCUCAGCAACAGAAUACACUUGCAAAUGAAUCAUCUGGUAGCUGUGAGUAUCAUAUUCUUGAGGAAGCUGUUUCAAACGGUACCACCAUCGCCAUCACUUCAAACGAGCCGAAACAGACUCCACCUAUCCCUAAACGCAAAUCAAGCACAACUGUUCCGGCUUAUGGUAUACUCAAUUAUAAUGAUCCCAGUCAGCAAAACAUCAAAAUCCAAGAACAGCUCUUAGAUCAAUCGAGAAGUGAGGAAGGGAAAGAGAGAGUAUUCGAUGACCCACAAUACGAUAUCUUCCCUACUGCACCGAAAGUGUUAGAGGAUAAACUGGAGCACAGAAAAGAAGCUGCUCGUACAUGAAGUGUGGAUAUACACUGACUAAUUGAUCAACCUUGUAGAGGGCAAAUUAUAGAGACUUGAAUUCAUCAUUAAUUUGGGUACAUGCAUGCAAUGUUAAUUUUGAACUGCAUAUAAUUAUUGUGUAUGUGCUCCAAAAUUCACUGCAUGUGAUAUAUUGUAACUUUCAAGUACAAAAAAGAUCCCACUGGUAAUUAGAGUUUUG